AUGAUUCAAAUAAUACCAUAUUUAUAUUUGGGUAAAAAAAAUGAUAUAGAUAAUGUAGAAAAUCUUAAAAAAAAUAAUAUUAAAGCGGUGGUUAUAUGUUGUACCUAUUUUGAAUAUCCUGAGUAUAAAAUACCAGAUGGAUAUGAAAUUUUAAGAAUUAAUUUGGAGGAUAUAGGUUUAGAAAAUAUAUCAUCAUAUUUUGAUGAAUCGAAUAAUUUUAUUCAUUCAUAUAUAACUAAAGAACAAUCAGUACUUAUUUGUUGUUGUCAUGGAAUUAGUCGAUCAUCAACAAUAUCCAUUGCAUAUUUAAUUGGAAAACAGAACUUUGGUCUUAAUGAAGCCUUUAAUUUUAUAAUGGGGAAAAAAAAUAUAUGCCCCAAUAUUGGGUUUAUGGAACAAUUAUGUGAAUAUGAAAAAAGACUAAAAAAUCAAAUUACCCUUUCUUCUGUUAAGUAUAUAAGCUGGUUUACCUCAGAAAGAUGUGAUAAAAAUGUAUCAACUGAUUUUAGUUUGUAA